CUAUGCGCCAUCGGGAUGGGCGGGCCAUGGGCGGUAGGGGAAGACGGGUUCUGCCAGCGCGUGUGUGGAAGUGCGUGGUCUUCGGUCGGGUCCGUGGGCAGCACCUUUGGCUUUUGAGCAGUAUUCAGCAUGAUAACUCCAUCGUUUGAACUGAGUCAGGAUCCGGAUUUUCUUACAAUAACAAUCAAAGUACCAUAUGCACGAGUUUCAGAGUUUGAAGUCUAUUUUGAAGGGAAGGAGUUCAAGUUUUAUGCAAAACCAUACUUUCUCAGAUUGGCUCUUCCAGGAAGAAUUGUAGAGGAUGGGAGAGAGAGAGCGUCGUAUGACGACACAGGGGUUUUUACAAUCCAUCUUCCCAAGGAAGUUCCCGGAGAGAAUUUUGAUGGGCUAGACAUGUUGACAGCUCUGUUAGCGCCAAAGAAAUCCAGAUCUGCAAAACCUUUAGUCGAAGAGAUGGGUGCUGAAAAUCAGGAGGAGGAGGAGGAGGAGGAGGAGGAGGAAGAAGAAGAAUUUGACUGGGAAAUUGAACAGACUCCUUAUGUGGAAAACAAAGACAGCCCCCAAUGUUCACCUUGCACCUAUGGAUUUGGAAAUCUGAAAUCGGGAGUUUUCAGACGUCUUCAGGAUGAACUUAAUGAUGUUAUCGAUAUCAAAAACCCAGACAUAACCCCUGCAGCUGAACGCAGAGAGAAAAGGCUGGCAGCAGAAGAUGCCAAAUUCGAUCCUGAUCAUUACCUUGCUGACUUCUUUGAAGAUGAGACUAUUCACCAUCUGUUGAAAUAUGAGCCUUGGUGGGUUAAAGCCUCUAGAAAGAAGAUGGAUUCCCAAGAAAGCCAUCCUUGGGACGAGAGCAGACAGGCAGUACUUGUUUCCUUUACGGAAGAUGAGAAAGAGCAGCUAAGAAAAUUCACCAACAGAACUUUCCUGCUUGAUAAAAGAUCCUGUCAUCAAGUAUAUCUGAGCUUAGUUGAUAUACUUCUGGCUUAUUGCUAUGAAAUCUGUGCCACUGAAGGAGAAAAGAAUGUUGAGUCUCCGUGGAACAUACGAAAGCUGAGUUCAACUCUGUGCUGGCUGGAGAGUUUUACUAGCAUUUCGGAAGUUCUGAUGUCCUUUGGGAGAAGAGUUAUGUGUUAUCCACUCUACCGACACUUCAGUUUAGUGACUCGGGCCUUAAAUGACACCGUUACAAUAUUACAACUUGGCAAGAGUGCAGUUCUGAAGUGUCUGUUAGAUAUUCACAAGAUUUUUCGAGAAAAUGAUCCUGCAUAUAUUCUUAAUGACCUUUAUAUCACAGAUUACUGCGUUUGGAUUCAAAAAGCCAAGUCAAAGAAGUUGGCAGCCCUUGCCGAAUGCGUGCAGAAGGCAGAGCUGAGCAAGACCAAAUUAGGUUUUGAGCUUGACGAGCUGGAAGCAGCGGCGCUUCUCGUGCAAGAGGAAGAAAAGGAGUUAAAAGCUGCUGGCACAGACGUCUCCGAGCCGCAGCUGCCUCCCUCCGAAGGAGCUGCGAGUGACUCUGAAGACUCAAGCAGCACUUCAUCAUGUGAGACAGGAGGCUCCGAUUCAGAUGAACAAGAGUCCUCAGCCAGCGAAGAUGGGGAAAUAAAUCCUUUACAAAGCACACUCCAAGAGGAGAGGACAGCCCUGCUUAUUGACUGUAAUGGAUUAAGGCGAGACAUGGGCACUUUGACGUUAGAUGCUAGUAAUGAAAAAUCAAAGGCUCCUUUGCAAUCUACAUCUGUUCCCGGGAAACUGAUAGAGGAAUUAGGGAAGCAAAUGCAGGCGGCAAUUAGGCUUACGGAGCAGCCUGAAGGUUUGCCUUCUGUAAGUGGCAGCGGCAGCACUUCAGAAGAGACAGGAACAAGCUGCGCGGCUCAGCCUCAAGGACUUUCGCCGGAUCAUAAUGGAAAGAGACAUUUCUUAGAGGUGACUCCAAAGCCCAGCGCUCUUCUGCUUCUUGGCAGCGCAAAAGAAGCUUCUUAAGGAAAUGUGGACGGGGUGGGCUAGGGGUUUGUGGGUUUUUGUACUGCUAGCUGUUGUGGUUCAUUUUCACACCCAAGGGCCACUUCAGCAAAUACUCCUCUGUCAAAUAGCAGUGAUGCAUGCAAAUAAAACAAGACUCCCUAUUCUCUGGAGUUAGUCUUGAAGUGGCAUCAUUCGAGGUUAGUAAGUAUUAUGAAAGGUAUGAUCAAACAUGGAUGAAGCUUGCUGAUUUGUAUUCUGCAGAUUGCUUAUAGUUCAAAUCUAUAUUUAAAUGUUGUAUUUCAUUAUCAUGGUUUCCCAGCUCCUAAAUUUCCCACUCGGGAUAUUACUGUCCUCCUUAUUUCAGUUUAACCAUUUCGAAGUGUCAAUUGUACAGCAACUAGCAGUGGGCUUGGUCAUCACAGGCACUCGCAUCUAAUAAGAUGUGCCUCAGUAGUAGUUGCAUGUGCGAUAUCGGCUAUGCCAGUGCUUCCUGAUCCUGUACUUUCUCACAGCUUAUUGGGACUCAUUGCCAGGUAAGAGUACAUAGGAUUGCUCUCAUCUUUUUCUUU